AAUUUAAGAAUUAUAUACUAUAUAACUAUAAUGCUACAUUAACUACAAUACCUAUAUGUAUACAGUAUACAGUAUUUGAUUCAACCCCUCAGGCCUCAACAGUAAAUCAAGAUGUCUAGUAUCAACUAUACUAAAGCAUUCGAUCAGAUUUUGUUUAAACUGAAAUCUCAGCAUUUAAAAUUGAAGGAACUGGAAAAUGAAAUUCUUCUUCAAUUUGAUUUACUUUUUCAUGAUACAAGAGUUCCUAUCCUAAAGAAGGACAAUGAUGUUCCAUAUCAAAAAGUGGAUUUCAAAAAAGUGUUUGAAACAUCCCAAAAAAAUCUGCCAAUUAUUGAAAAGUUGCUGCAAGAGAUCUUGACAAGAGCUGUGCAAAGUAGAGACUAUUUAUCACAUCAUGCCAUACAGACUAUAGUGAGCAACUGCAUUAUUUUAGCAGCUCAGUAUAGUAACUCUGAGAGAGACUGGAGCUGUUCAACUGUGUCUCAUAGUGCAUCUCGUAUUCUCACCAUGCUUGUGAGUAAAAAAAAUCAUGGUACUGGCUUAGAAAUUCUCAUGUCAUCAUCUAACUCUAUAGAAAUAAAGGAUUUACUGAAGAUUGCUGAUGAUGCUGAAGUAACUAAUUACAAAUUUGGAAUCAUACUAAAGCCUCUUCUAUUGUUUUUGAGCAAGCAUCUGAACAAGGAAAUAUGGAAAAAUGACCCUGGAGCUCAAGAAUUCCUGUUGUGGCUGCUAUACAAUCUAUCUCAAGAUGACCUAAGUGAUCAACUUGGGUACCUAAUGCCUGGCAUUCUCCUAUUGCUGGAUGACUGGGAGCCUCACAACAAGAUCACUGCAUUGGAAGCCCUUGUCUACAUCAUCAACAAUGUUGCAGGUUCAGAGCUCAGAUGCACCGGUAGAGCAGCGGUGAUAUAUGAGGCAGCCAAGCAUCACCUGUACAGCAGAGACCCUGAGCUCCUGCAAGCGGCAUACCCAACGGCUACUGCUGCUGCUGUUGUGCUGCAACAAGAUCCCAGCAUUGCCCACUCUGCGCAGCUGAGUGCCGCAGAGGAGGUGUUGUCGAUGUUGCUCAGGGACAUGGUGUUUGAGCAGCGUCUUGACCUGCGGUCUGUGUAUGUGACCAACCUACCCGCUGCACUCUCUGCUGCUGGCAUCAGGAGUGUCAGGUGGCAAGACCAAGUGGUGCAGGUGCUGUGCAAUUACCUCACGACCUUCGAAGGAGCCUCAGCCAGGGACAGACUGUGUGCUCUGAAGGCCCUGCAAGUAUAUUCAUCAGAAUGCUGGCCGCAGGCUGGGAGGCAGAGGGAUGAAAUACUGAAGGCCUUAUUGCAGCUCGUCUACACCAGCACUGCUGAGGGACCCUUGCAGCUCCAACCCAAGGUCCUGGAAGAGGUGCUGGACGAGUGCAGGCAGUGCGUGCAGCAGUUGCUGUUGUGUCAGCCGCCUCCUGAACCCAACCUGCUCACGGGGCUUGACAGCCUCGCUCUGCCAGCAGCUCUGCAGCAGAAUGUUCACCGCGUCUUCGAGAUCCCAAUUAAAGAACAAAUAGUAAAAUGAAUAGCAAACGUCGGCGUCUACACUGUUUUGUGACUAAAUUUUGUUGAGUGAUGAGAAAUAUAAUAAUGAGACUAAUGCAGCGCCGACAAUAGUUAUUGAUAAGUUUUGAACUUUUCGUUCACAUUGAUCCUCGUGCGAGAUGCAAUCAGUUCCAAAUUUAAAUAAAUUCAUCAAGAUUCUUGAUAUAAUUUUUAUGAAUCUAAUCAUUGCUGAUGAUACUUACUAGGUUCGAUGUAAUCUUGUCAUCAAUCUUAUGGUAUACUGUCCAAUAGUGUGUCUUGCUACGGGUAUAUCUGCUAAAAUUUUCUAAAUACAACCUCUUACCUGCUCCAGGUAUGUUCGUUCACCAAUUGAUAGUUCGCAAAUAGUCCGUGUCGAUGAAUAUGAAGGUUAAUAUUUUAUUCGAGACUCAGUUUGCUUGUGUCCUUGAGUGCCAAAAGCUUUUAUUUAAUCCAGGUCAUCGCUUAUAAUAUAGUUACAUUGAAUAUUUCUCAGUAAUAAUAAUUUAUUGUUAACUAAUCCAUUUCCAGCAUACAUCCUACAAUUAGAUCAAUAAAUCGCAGUCAAUUUCAUCGUGAAAGGUAAAUAAAGAAUGACUCGUGAUCGUGAUUCUCCUAAUUUACCUUAUUAAAACUAAUUGUUGAUGCCGUCAAGGAUUUUGUUGCUCUUUAACAUACAAGAAAUUUCAAUCAAUUUCAUGGUGCUGUUGUUUUUAAUUUUUGUUCUGUGCCAUUUGGGAACUAAUUACUAAUGCGCGUUGUGCUAAAUUAUUAAUAUUUUAUUAACAUUAUUAAUAUUUUUCAUUACUACUGAAUCCGAAACCUACUUCUGAAGUACUUAUGAAAAUAUACUACAAUGAAAUUAUCAUAUAGGUACCUAUAUGCGACCAACAGGGUGAAAAUGAAUCCAAGUCAUUUUUUAACAAGUUCAAGCAACUUGAAACAACACUUUUCAAAUAACAAAAAUAAAAGUAACGACAUAAAACCACAGUUUUUAAUGCAACCUCGAAUUGAGAAUAACUUCUGCAGCUAGUAUGUAGAAUGAGCAUAACUAAUUACAAUCCUCGCCAUCGUCAAAUUGUAGGUAACUUAAGUUCACCCGAUCUCGAUCACUUUUCACGUGGCUAUUUUGACUCUUGUCAGAUUUUUUCUUCUUUUUCUUGGCAACCCCAACAACGUGCUCAGCCAUAACGAACUUUUUGGAGCCGCCUACAUCAGAAGCGAUACCUGAGUCUUGCUUUUCUGGGUCUUCACGUGACACAUCCGUGGCCGCUGUUCUAAUUUGUGGCUUCUUGAAGAUAAUUUUUUCUUUGUCGAGAUCAAUCAUCUCACAGUCUUCUGCAGCUUUAUUUCGCCUCAAAUCUGCUAACAGUUGCAGACACGCCUCCUUGUUUUGGGCGUUGUCAAGUACUUCAGUAUCUUUCAUGGAGUAGCAAGUCCAGUUCUCAGGGUGUUUCUCAUAAUCAGGUGCAAUAUUUGAUCCUUUUAAUCGUUUCUUCUGAGGAAUGUUACUUUCAUUGGGUCUCUUGAAGCUCCCAUCAAAAGUAGCAGACGCCGCUGCCAAAUUGCCAAAUUUAUCCCUGUGAAACAAUCCUGAUGUGCUAGACUCAAACACUAGACCAUCUUGUGGCAGUGUUUUCUCAACAUUAUUUAGGCUUGAGAACAAGUCAUUCACUCGGGAAUUGAAAUCGCUAUCAGAAGAAGAUACUUUGAACGCCAUGUUCAUGAGAUAUACCUAUUUUAUAAGCAACCCUGUUGGUUAUGGUGAAAAUUUUCACCUAAAUAUAUUACUAAGAAGAUCAGUAGUAUGUUAUUUUAUGUAUAUCUGCACAAUAAAGGACAUGUACGUAG